AUGGAGUCAAAACUCAGGUGGUGAGUCUCCGCCCCCAUCAACUAAGGGCUAUAUAAGAAGAGAGUAACUUACCAGGGUGGAUGCUUGCUUGACAUGAAGGUUGUACAGGAAAGGGAGAGUAGCAGAGGCAGCAGUGACAGAGGGAAGCGAGGCGAGUAUUGCCUGAACAGCAGAGGUGUAUGUGGGUCAUGCCAGGAAGUUGCUGUGAUCCUGGACAGGAGGAGGAUGCGAAAGCAAGGAAAACCAUUCUUGCCAACAUGUAGGGACCACCCAUGUAGCUAGCUGGUGUAUAGGAGCCACCAGUUGUGCUGCUGGGACUGAGCACCCCUGGGAUCAGCAUGGCACAUAGGCUGCUGACCCGCAGCAUAGAGUGCCUGUGGGACACUGCUUCAGGGCACAUAGCUAUAAACAUCACUGUUAUUGUACCUGUGCAAAUGCAGAGUGUCACAACUGCAGCAAAGAAAAUAUGUGUAUUUUACAGGAUGUGUAAAGCUGCAAUCUUCAAACAUCUAAGCUAAUUAGAUAAAGGAAAGAUCUAUAGCUGUUAGCCGCAGCCCUCUGCAUACCGACACAUAUACAAAAGCAAUUAACUAUACUGUAGACAUAAAAUAUGAGCAACAAAUCUUCCUGGUUCUAAUUUCAUUUACAGAGCAAAGCUGAAAUCUGAUUACUUCUGAAGCUUUUCCCUUUGUUCAAAUCAAUCACCUUUACAGGGUGUUGUAAGGAUAAUCGCAAGAUAACGUAUCUGAAACACUUUGAACGUUGAAAAACAAGAUAUACCGGUAAGUGCUAAGUAAUGCCAAAAUGGUAUUUGUUCUUACUGGACUUCAAACCCAUGUUAUCAGUCCAAUAGAUGGAAUAAUAGUUUGAACAAAUAAAUGGAUUUUAGAGAAAAUGGAGCAGGAGAUUGCAUAGUCUCUUUGCCCUUGCACAGAAGACAAAGAAAUCAAAUUUUUUUUAAAGGAGGAAAGGUACUCUAUCUCAAAAGAAGUGUGUGUUAAAAAUCGACAUUGAAAGUUUAUUUAUUAUGAGUUGCCCACAUCUAAGGCAAAGAGCAUUAUGUUUAAGAGGGAUAAAGUGAGAACCUGGAUCUCAUCUCAUCUCCUACACUUAUUUUUAUCUUUUAGGUGGAGGCAACAAACAGAAUUGUAACCAGGUCUACUUAGAAAGAAGUCUCAUUGAAUUCAAUGAGGUUUACUCCCAGGUCACUGGAGUUAAGACUGCAGCCUAAAUGAGGGUAAUGGAUGCCCAUGUCAGCAAAAAAUUAUGGCAUCUGCUAGACGAGACAUGUGGCUCCGGAGACAUGUGGCUUCUUUUUUUAAGUCAUAAGACAAGGCCUGGGAGCCUUUGGCCCUCCAGACGUUGCUGAACUACACUCCCAUCAUCCCUGGUCAAUGGCCAUGCUUGCUAGGGCUGAUGGGAGUUGUAGUCCAGCAACAUUGGGAGGGCCAAUGGCAAACCUAUCCCCAUUAGGCUGCCUGCUUUAAGAUGAAAAUGUAGCUGAAUGCUAGUGAAAUUAUUGCUCUUUAGGUGACCCUGAAGGCACAAACAAUGGGAAACUGCCCUGGGUUACGACUUUAUAUAUUUUUGUACUCUCUCUCAAAUGAGGUUUUGCUUACGCUUACUACUUUUGCGUGAACCCAUAGGGGGAGGUGGUGAUUAAGCUAGAAAGGAAAGUCUAUAUAAAAUACCUGUUUAACCAGUAUAAGAUAAGAUUCUGCCCCUAAGUAGCUCCUCAAAAAUGUUUUAGGACCUUUCCUCACCAUCUGAUCUGGGGGGUUGGGGGUUGUCACCUUUGUUGCUCACUUGAUGUGUGCAGCCCUCAGCUGCUCCCUCAUGGAUGCCUUUCUGUUGUGUGAGGAUUUGGUGCUUUCAUACAGCUGUAUUAGUUGUCCCUUCCUCAGGAGGAAUAUACUUCCUGAAGCCAGCGAUGGCUAGCAGAGACUUGCAGUCAAAUAUUUUCCCGUCGGUAUGUAACUUUGCUUUCUUCAGAACUUGCAAAGUUUGUUUUAAAAAGUACUUUGAUAUGUCCCAAUCAGAAUUUACUCAAGUUGUUCACCCCUUUACAAAACAAACCAAUUCAGCUCACAUUCAGUUCACAGUUCGAGUCCAGCAAUUUUCUUUCUUUCUUUCUUUCUUUCUUUCUUUCUUUCUUUCUUUCUUUCUUUCUUUCCAGCAUUCAGAAUGUUACCAAGCUGCUGUGCUUAAGUAUACUUAAGACUAAUAAAAUAUCAAAACUCUCACACAGUAGAAUGCGAAUGGUUUAAUACGUUUCCCCCAACAAUAAUGAUCUUUGAACUUAAAGGUCCAAAGAAUCUAAACUCUAAAACGUGUUUGUUUUUUUUUUAAAAAAAUGUUAGAGAAUUUAUGUGAAUAUGAACUAGAUAUUGUACAAAGUUCUACCCAAAGCAAACUUAUGUUUGGUUCACCUGGCAAUUAUGGGAACUACAUGUUCAGUAGUAGUUCAGAUUUUUGAACUAAUUUAGUGAACUUUGUUAAACCAAAUUGGUUCAUUCCAAGCACUGAUUUUCCUCACCUCUGCAGUCAGAGGCACCUUUUGAGAUUUUGAAUGCUCUGUUUCUUUUUUUUAUAUAUAAGAUAUUUAUUAAGAUUUUUUUAAAUAUUACAAUAACAAAUGAAAAAGAAAAAAAAUACAAAAUAAAAAUGAUUAAAAACCACUCAAUUUUUCCAUUGCUUAUUUUUCCUUAGCUUGUUUCCCGGACCUCCUCAUACCUCCCUUUUUUGUAUUCCAGUUCAGUUUGUUGGUUCAGCAAAUCCUUACCCUCUUUAUUUGUCCUAAUCUUUGGUCUUAAAAUAGUAACGUUAGAUUUUUACCUCUUAACAACCCAUUUUUCAUAUUCCCUUAAAGCAUUACAGCUGGAAACCACUUAAUUUCUAUCCAACAUCGUUCUAACAUUCAUUAAUUUUACAAUAUUUCUGUAGAUAAUCUUUGAACUUCUUCCAAUCUUCUUCCACCGACUCUUCUCCCUGGUCUCGGAUUCUGCCAGUCAUUUCUGCCAGUUCCAUAUAGUCCAUCAACUUCAUCUGCCAUUCUUCCAGAGUGGGUAGAUCUUGUGUCUUCCAAUACUUUGCAAUGAGUAUUCUUGCUGCUGUUGUGGCAUACAUGAAAAAAGUUCUAUCCUUCUUUGGCACCAAUUGACCGACUAUGCCCAGGAGAAAGGCCUCUGGUUUUUUCAAGAAGGUAUAUUUAAAUACUUUUUUCAGUUCAUUGUAUAUCAUUUCCCAGAAAGCCUUAAUCCUUGGGCACGUCCACCAAAGGUGAAAGAAUGUACCUUCAGUUUCUUUACAUUUCCAACAUUUGUUAUCGGGCAAAUGAUAAAUUUUUGCAAGCUUGACUGGGGUCAUGUACCACCUGUAUAUCAUUUUCAUAAUAUUCUCUCUUAAGGCAUUACAUGCCGUAAACUUCAUACCUGUGGUCCAUAACUGUUCCCAGUCAGCCAUCAUUAUGUUAUGUCCAACAUCUUGUGCCCAUUUAAUCAUAGCAGAUUUCACCAUUUCAUCCUGAGUAUUCCAUUUCAACAGCAAGUUAUACAUCUUUGACAAAAUCUUAGUUUUGGGUUCUAAUAGUUCUGUUUCUAAUUUUGAUUUUUCCACCUGGAAACCAAUUUUCUUAUCCAACUUAUAUGCCUCCAUUAUCUGAUAAUAAUGAAGCCAAUCUCGCACUUUGUUUAUUAAUUUCUCAAAACUCUGCAAUUUCAGUCUAUCUCCAUCUUGUUCCAAAAUUUCCCAAUAUUUCGGCCAUUUGGCCUCCAUAUUGAGCUUUUUCAGAGCUUUUGCUUCCAUCGGUGACAGCCACCUUGGAGUUUUAUUUUCCAAUAAGUCCUUGUAUCUUAUCCAGACAUUAAACAAUGCUUUCCUGACAAUGUGAUUUUUAAAUGCUUUAUGUGCUUUGACCUUAUCAUACCACAGAUAUGCAUGCCAUCCAAAUACAUUGUUGAACCCUUCUAGAUCCAAAAUGUCAGUGUUUUCAAGAAGCAACCAUUCUUUCAACCAGCAAAAAGCUGCUGAUUCAUAGUAAAGUUUAAAGUCUGGCAGGGCAAAUCCACCUCGUUCCUUUGCAUCUGUUAAUAUUUUAAAUUUUAUUCUAGGCUUCUUGCCCUGCCAGACAAAUUUAGAAAUAUCUCUCUGCCACCUCUUGAAACAGUCCAUUUUGUCCACAAUUUGCAGUGUUUGAAACAAAAACAACAUUCUAGGCAAUACAUUCAUUUUUACCGCAGCAAUACGGCCCAGCAGUGAAAGCUUCAAAUUUGACCAAAUUUCUAAAUCUUUUUUUCACUUCAGCCCAGCAUUUUUCAUAGUUGUCUUUAAAUAAAUUCCCAUUUUUGCUGUCAUGUUAAUCCCCAAGUAUUUAACUUUCUUAACCACUGUUAAACCUGUCUCAUUCUGAAACCUCUCUCUCUCCAUUGGUGUUAAAUUUUUCUCUAAAACCUUGGUCUUUAACUUAUUCAACUUAAAUCCUGCAACUUGACCAAAUUCUUGAAUCAGUUCUAAAACUCUUUUGGUACUAGAUUCUGGCUCCUGUAACGUCAAUACUAAGUCAUCUGCAAAUGCUCUCAAUUUGUACUGUUUGGCUCCGACCUGUAUACCUUUAACCAACCGGUCCCUUCUAAUCAUGUUCAGCAGAACCUCCAGGACCGAUAUAAAAAGCAAUGGGGAAAUUGGGCAACCUUGUCUUGUCCCUUUUUCUAUCCUAAAUUCUUCCGUCACCACAUUAUUUACAAUUAGUUUAGCCUUUUGUUCUGAAUAAAUUGCACUUAUACCGUUUUCAAAACCUUGGCCUACCCCCAUCCCCUGUAGGUUCUUCUUCAUAAAACUCCAAGAGAUAUUGUCAAAAGCUUUCUCCGCGUCCACAAAUAUCAAAACUGCUUUAGUAUUUAUGUUCACUUCUAGUUUUUCCAAAAUAUCAAUUAUAUUCCUCAAAUUAUCGGACAAGUGUCUUCCCGGGAGAAAGCCCGCUUGGUCUUUAUGAAUCUCUUCCAUCAAUACUUUUUCAAUCUCUUGGCCAAAAUGUCUGCAAAAAUUUUGUAAUCCACAUUAAGUAACGAUAUGGGGCGGUAGUUCUUAAGCUGAGUCUUUUCAGUCUCUGUCUUCGGUAUAAGUGUAAUGUACGCCUCUUUCCAAGACUCUGGUGCCCUUUUCCCUUCCAAUAUUUCAUUGCAGACUUCCUUUAAAGGUUGUAAUAACCACUCUUUCAAAGAUCUAUAAUAUCUAGAAGUCAGCCCAUCCGGUCCUGGAGAUUUGCCUAAUUGCAUGUUUUGAAUGGCACCUUCUACUUCCUGUUCAGAUAUUUUAUAGUUCAGCAUUAACUUACUUUCUUGGGAUAUUUUUGUAAUCCAUUUGUCUUCAGAAAUCGGUCUAUAUCCAUUUCCUUCUGUGGCCCUUGUGUAUAUAGUUGUUUAAAAUACCUCUGGAAACAAUUUCUAAUCUCAGUUGGGUUAUGUAUAUUCUUUCCUUCCACUUCUAAAUUUGUGAUAGUAUUUAAUUUUUGUCUUUUUUUCAUUUGCCAGGCCAGCAAUUUCCCACAUUUGUUAGCUGAUUCAAAUGUUUUUGUCUCAUUUGUUUAAUUUUCCAUUCUAUUUCCUGAUUCAUCAUUUCCAUAUAUUGUACUUGAUAUAACUUUAUUUCUCUCAAAAUCUCCUGCGACUUUGGUUUUGCUCUCAAUUUCUUUUCACUUUCUUUUAUUUUCCCCAAAAUUUUAUCUUUCUUCUCAUUUUGACUUCUCUUCUUUAUUGCAUUCUGUUGUAUCAGAAACCCUCUCAUGACAGCUUUACUUGCGUCCCAGAUUACUCUUUUUUCUACAUUAGUAUUCAUAUUUAUUUCAAAAUAGUCUCUCAAGGUUUUUUGGCCUUUUGAAUGCUCUGUUUCCUUGUAGUUGCACCUGGACUUUCUGUAAGGGGAGGAGUUAUUUAUAUAUUUUGUUGAAUUUCAACUCUGUUCCUUGUUAGUUCUCAUCAAUUGUAAUCACUCAGUUAAACACCCUGGUGGAUUCUUUUGCACAGUUCCAAAUUCCAUAACCUUUCCAAGGCAGGUCUGUAAGGCAUUAUUUGCUUUACUCAAGAUUAAUCCACAUCCGGAAUGAGUAUCAAGGUGCAAAAUAGUUCUCAUUCCAACAUGAAAAGAAUCUAGUCAUAGCUAGCCAGAGACAACACUUUAAAAAGAAGUUUGCACAGUACUUGCUUUCUGACUUUACAGGAUUCACAUUUCCAUGUUUUCUUUAAAAUUGUCAGGACCUGCACCACGAGCAGCUGUUUGGGCUCUCACUUUGAUGAAUGGGGCCAGAUCCAGCAGGCCAGUGUCACUGGUGGUAGAGCAACAGGCCUCAUUGUGGUGCAGCCAGAUCCCAUUGAAUCAGCGGCUUCUGAGCUAGGCACCACGCAGCUGGGAUCUCCAGAGACUCUAGGAACCAUCUCCCGCCACACAAGAAACCCUCAUCUUCCUGUUGAACUGGUAGGGUGGCCAUGUGUUCUACUUUCACAUAUACUGGGCAGGCCCUGAUCUUGCCAUAGGAUUGCCCCAACGGUUUACAGUACUUCCUGGUGCCAGCUAUGGCUUCUAUGGAAACAGAAGGGGCAUUAAGCACUGGAACACCCACUCGCCUGAUUACUCUGCUCCAAAUCGCCUCUUCCUGAACCCGAUUUACUGUAGUAGAAGCAGACAUUGGGAUUGUGUUACAUACAUUUGCUUACUGUAGUGUGAAGUUUCCUCCUCUCUGUAAUAACUAUUUAGCAUUGCCUGGAGAAAGCUUAAUAGUGGGGUAGGAGAGCUGGGGGGAAAUUCACAUCUGGCAACCAAUGCGUCCCUUUGGUUUCAGAUCAUAUAUGGGUAAAAGUAAAGGUACCCCUGCCCGUACGGGCCGGUCGUGUCUGACUCUAGGGUUGUGCGCCCAUCUCACUUAAGAGGCCGGGGGCCAGCGCUGUCCGAGGACACUUCCGGGUCACAUGGCCAGCGUGACGAAGCUGCUCUGGCGAGCCGGCACCAGCGCAGCACACGGAUACGCCGUUUACCUUCCCGCUAUAAAGCGGUACCUAUUUAUCUACUUGCGCUUUAAGGGUGCUUUCGAACUGCUAGGUGGGCAGGAGCUGGGACCGAACGACGGGAGCUCACCCCGCCGCGGGGAUUCGAACCGCCGACCAUGCGAUCGGCAAGUCCUAGGCGCUGAGGUUUUACCCACAGCGCCACCCGCGUCCCCCAUAUAUGGGUAGACGAGUCUAAAAAAUUUCAUGGCCCUCUAGCAGCUAUGGUGGCCCAUUUACCAUAAGUAAUGUACUUUGCGUUAACUCUGGAAGUGUAAGUCUUUGAUAUUUAUUUUGCUCUAGGCGGCUUAGUUUGGUCAGAUUCGUGUAUACACUUCCAGAGUUAAUGGUAGAUACAUUACUUUUGGUAAAUGAGGCACCAUAGCUGCUAAGAGGGCCGUGAAAAUUUGUGUACCAGGCUUUUUAGGCUCGUCUACCCAUAUAUGAUCUGAAACCAAAGGGUUGCCAGAUGUAAAAAAAAAUUCCAGCUCUCCUACCCCACUAUGAGGAGUGUGUGUGUGUACAUAACAUAACAUAACAUAACAACAUAACAUAACAACAUAACAUAACACACAUAAAACAUAAAAAUGAAUAUAGUUGGCAACACUGAAACUUCCAGGAGGACUGGGUCACCACCCUGUUAGAGGCAGCUCCACAGCUUAUCUUAGUUUUUAUUAGUACUUCAAAAGUUUUGUUUUCAAAUGCCUGAGUUUGCUGGUUUGCAGUAAGCAGCAGCUACAUUUUAUCCAGUGCCCCCCCUUUCUCCUUUGAGGAUUCAAUUAACAGGCGUACUUUGAUCUGUUUUAGCUGCCACGAGCCCACACCUAUAGUAGGAGUCGCCCUCUGCUUUUAAGUAGUUAUAUAUUUUAGCUGCCUGUGCCUUAUGCUUUAUUUUAUUUUAAAAGCUGUGGAGCUAUUUGGUUUCUUCUCCCCCCACCCUUUCUUCUACUCUCUGGCCAAUGAACUUAAAAAGCCCCAGAAAAAAGAGUUGUCACCACUCCCUGGAAUGUUUACAAUCUAAGCUUCACAAAGUAUUUACUCCUUUGACUUAUAACUAUUGAGAACCUACUUGCUGAGACCUGUGGAGGAGGUGGUAAACAGGUGGUCAGAGCUCCAGACUGAUGUGUGGAUCUGUGGUCCGGUUGAAAAGGAAGAACACACAUGUUAAAAUCGUUGUGAAAAUGCUUUUUAAACAAUCGUUUUGAAAAAUGCUUUCAAUUUGCUAUAGCUCACAGUCUCCAUCUAGUGUCACAAUUGUAUAUUGCACUUUGCAACACAUUCAAAACAUUUUACUGUAUUUGCAGCUGUAUAGCUGAGUCCCCAGUGGGAUUAGGACCCAAAAUAGGACAAUUGGAACCACUCCCUACUCCCUGGUAGCUGGUAACCAGUUAAAGAUAUCGAACUGAGUUCCAUGGAUUGUGGUUGCUGCUCUAAAGACUGAGUUGACAUCCUGAGCAGGGAAAGACCAUGCCUAACUGAUUCCUGGGACAGGAAGAUGUUAACAGAAAUUCAAUCUUUGGGGUGAAAGGAAACUUCAAGAAGUUUGGAAGAAGAAAGAACAUUCUAGCUUUGAGCCCCCAAUGUUUUCUACGGGACUUUCGAACCACUAAGCAGUCUUCUGAAGACAAACACUAGGACUUAAACCCAAACUGGUCAGCUCCAUUCAGGCAAAACCACUCCUUUCAUAUGGUCAGGUCAUAUAGCCCUGUCUUUUGCAUUUAUUACUAAUUGUUUCUCCUCUGAUGGAUAGACCUAAGCUGAAGUAACAGACUUAAUGCAUUUCUUCCUGAACAAUUUGUUAGUUUUAAAUUUAAUUUUUCUAGAUAUAGCACUUGAUUAUAUGUACCUAUAUAUAUAUAUAUGUGUGUGUGUGAAUGUAUCUGUGAAUAUAUUCUUAUUAUUAUAUUAUUUUUAGACCCAGUAGGUCAAUACCAGAUGAUAGUAAACCUACAAUUCCUAUCUUUAAUAGAUUUGACAUUAUAGAAAUGGAAAGGCCAGAGCCCCAGCAGUUAUGUCAGGAAUAUUAAUAACACUAAUGAUAUCAAUCAUACAAGUUGAAGUGGAGAGGAAGGUUUAAAAAAUGCCAUCUCUUCUCCAAGUGAUAGGGUACUUCUUGCUCCACAAUGUAAUUUGGUGGCUGCAACAGUCCAAAAUAUUUUUAAAGAUCUUAAACAUCUCAAAUAAUGUAAACAGCCUGCUAUCUGUGAUAGCUCUACAUUCCCUUCCCAAGCCCAUUACUGAGAAGUCGGACAGUAUUGCAACAUCGUAUAAUAAUGCAGUUGGUCAACCUUUCCAAAUCUGCAUAGUCAAUAAUUCUUCAGUGGAUCCAAUCCUACUUCUCCAAGCUAACAAGGUACAUCUAACCAUUUAUCCUCACAGGAAUACAUUCAGGAAAAUUGCUUGCAAAAAUGUGUUAAUAGUCAAAACCGCAUACAAAAAUGUGUUAAGAGAAAUCUGCACUGAAAUGCUGAUGAAUUUUCAUGAUGAUGAUUAUUUAAUUGCAAAUUGCUGGAGAACUGAUAUGUAAACUAGAAACAUUAAAAAUGUAGGGAACAGAAACCCUACACAUGCAAAUUAACAGUUUGUCCAUCCCUAGAGCGAAGUUCUACUCUUUAGGGUACCAUCCACUUCAUUCUUCUGCCAGUCCAUUACUCAGUAAGCAUUCCAUAGCCACUGAGCGUGCUUAGCCCUCAUUUGGCUGUUUGUUUGUGUUGUAUUAUUUCUGGAAACAUAGAGAUUCCCUCAGACCUGUCUGUUCUUAUCUCACUCUUGUUUAUGAGUGGUGCCACUCUGGUUACAUAAAGAACAGUGCCUUUAGAACAUUAGAAACAGAGGAUUCCAUUCCCGUCCCUGCACUUAUUUUUCAAGCAUAUUCAGACACAUUUCAUUCUGUUUGGGGCUCCAAAGAAUCCAGUCUUAUAGAAUCAACUUCAAAGGAUGGCUUCUGAAGAAUUUGCACCCAGUAGAGUAUUUCAGCAAAACACAAGGCUGCAUCUCCAGAAAUCUAUCCAUUAUUUUGUCUCCCCACCAUUCCCACUUACAGGGAAUCACAUGAAAACAGCAACAGGGAUAUCUGGUGAACAGAGCAAACCUUUUAAUCUCUACAAUGGUACCUCAGGUUACAUACGCUUCAGGUUACAUACGCUUCAGGUUACAGACUCCGCUAACCCAGAAAUAGUACCUCGGGUUAAGAACUUUGCUUCAGGAUGAGAACAGAAAUCGCGCGGCAGCAGCGGGGGGGCCCCAUUAGCUAAAGUGGUGCUUCAGGUUAAGAACAGUUUCAGGUUAAGAACAGACCAAAAAAAAAAAAAAGAACAGACCUCCAGAACGAAUUAAGUACUUAACCCGAGGUACCACUGUAUUUGGAGGGAGAAAGCAGGUUAUAUACAUUAUUCCAUCCUGUUUGGGAUGGAAGGCAUAGGAUUUAAGUUUUCUUCUAAAUAAAUGACCAAAUAGCAUCUUCUCUAAAUAAUGUUUUGUGCCAAAUAUGGACUUUGAGUGCCUGUGUAUGAUGAACAUGUUGGAAAUGGAGAGAAAUGUUGCUAUGCUACAAAUAAAAUCAUUCAACUGCUAAUUUUUAUUUUUUUAAAGACGCAUGAAAUUAUAGCACCAACCACUGCCAGGCAACUCUGUUCAGAAUGCUAAUCUCCACAGCUGGCCAGUGCAAGGGUUCAUGUGUGUUGACAGAGGAACCUAAUGGCUUGUGUGCGUGCAAAGCAGGAAUCAGUAGCCUUGGUAAGCGAAAAAAGCUUUCAGUCACAGAGAAAAUGCACUGCUGCUCAUAAAUCUAUUGAAGCCUUGAGUUAACAGCUACAGUAGGUUACAUUUGUAUUUAUUUACUUAUUUAUAUUAAAUGACAUCAGGCAGGCGUGUAGAAUGUGAAUGAGUGUUUUAAUAUGUUCUCAGUUUAUUUCUUCUUUCAUAUUUUGAACGUUUUAAACGGUAUUUUUAUGUUUGUUUUUUACUGAUUUUACUUGGUUGCUUUUGUAAGCUGCUUUGAGCUUCUUCUUCUAUUUAUUAAAUUUGCAUACAGCCCUUCAUUCGUAGAUCUCAGGGCGGUUCACAGCAUAAAAAUACAAGAUUAAAAACACAAAAUACAUAAUAAAAACAACAAGACAAUAAUCCCUCCCCGCACCCUCCCACAAACACAUUUAAAAGGGCAUAGGACAGGGGUCAGCAAGGUUUACCUUGCCUGGGCUGGUUCACUCCAGCGGAGAUCCCUCCAUGGGCCGGAUCAGGCAUGCGCCUGCAAUUUCCAACAUCUGCGCAGACGCGAUUUCUGGUGCUGUGGAAGCGAGUCUCCAUGCCACGCUGCGUCGGUUUAGCACAGCAUGCCGAGCAGGCAGCUUGGUUUGGGGGCAGCUCGUGGGUCGGUUAAACGACCCCCAUGGGCCACUCGUGGCCAUGGGCCUUAGAUUGCUGACCUCUGGCACAGGAUAACAAUCAAGCGGUGUGUGAAUUUUAUGAAAUAAAUAAAUAAAAUAAUAAAGCUGUUAUACUACCUAAAAGUGGCAUACAAAAGAGGCAAUUAAAAUGUUGGUGAAAAUCCCUCAAGAAAAUAAAAUACAACAAAUGUCAAAAGACCAGCAGAAAACAGGAGCAAAACCCUCAACGAAGGAUGAGAUUAGCUCCCUUAGGGAGGGACUUCCACAGCUUGGGGGCUAAAACCAGUAACGCCUUGUCCUGCAUUCCUAACAACUGCACUCCUGACAGUGUUGAGGUGUGAAGCAGGACAGUUCUAUAGGUAUCUACAGUGAGGCAGGGUGAUGUAGAAGCAGGCAGCCAUUUACUAAAUACCCUAGUCCCAAACCAUUUAGGGCACAGUGGCUAGCCUGUGGUCGGGCAGAGGUGACUCAACCAGCACAGAUUAUCUGAGCAUACAGUAACAUAUCACCACUAAGCUACAGUCCAGGUUAGCCACCCCUGGUUUAGGGCUUAAAAACUGACAAGUAGCACCUUGAUUUGGACUAUGGAACAAACCAAGAACCAACAGAUAUCAAAUAAUAGCAGGAUAACACACUCUGAUAAACAGUCAGCUGUUAUUCUGGCCAUAUCAUUCUGCACCAGUUGCACUUUCACUUCAAAGGCAGUACUUUGAUUUUUUAAAAAUCUUUUGCAGAUAAUGUUGGUGUUAAGUUGCAAUGAUAACCAUACUUAUUAAGGCAUCCUUUUUCAGCAUUAG